GCAAAGCUCUUUUAGCAUUCAGCCACGCCCAUAUUAUUUUAACACCCACGCAGGAGGUGUGGCUGGUAUAAAAUGGCGUCGAAAGAGCAGUCUACAGACACUGAUGAGCUGGCAGAGUUUAGAGAACAAUGGAGGGCAGAGAUUAAAGAGAAGACACUGGCGGAUACACACACUGAUCACCUACCACAAGCUGAAGAAUUAUAUUGGAUGGGUGUGGCUGCUGAAGAAAAUAAGGACAUGUCAGCAGCAAUUUUAUACUAUCGUCAAGCAAUACAGCUGGUCCCUGACAUUGAGAGAAGAGCUACAAAGAAGGAGCGAGACAAAGACCGAGAGAAAGAGGAGGAGGAGGAACAAGAAGAAGAUGAAGAAUCCAAAGAUUUGUCUGUCAUAUCUCAUUCACUGUCUACCUUAUCAAUUGAUGAUGUCACAUGCUGUCAUAAUGACUCACCAACAACGGUCACUCAUAUUUCUGCUCUACCCGUCGAGAUAAUUCGUUAUAUUUUAUUAUUAAUUGUUAUCAACGACCUGGAUCUUAGGUCUUUGGAGCAAUUUGGAAUGGUUUGCAAAAGGUUCUACUUAUUUUCAAGAGAACAAUUAAUUUGGAGAAAAGCAUGCGUAAAAUUGUGGGGGAGUGGUCACUCUAUGUUAGCCACACCCACCAGUAACUGGCGGCAUAUAUUCAUCACUCAACCUCACGUUCAUUUCAACGGUGUCUAUAUCAGUCGGUCAUUGUACGUCAGAACUGGGGAAAGGUCUUUAGACAGACUUUACAAACCUUUUCAUACCGUCGUCUACUAUAGAUACAUAAGGUUUUUUACUGAUGGUAGUGUAUUGUACAUGACCAGUCCUGAUAGUCCGUCAAUGGUCGUUAAUAAAUUGAAUAAAAUUAAUGAAGUGGGCGGAGCUUUAUUAUCUGGUUACUAUACGCAAUCGAAUGAUACAAUAUCAAUAGUUGUGAAACGUUAUGAUCCUUCACACGAACAAUCCCCUCGAAGCUAUAAAAGGAGAGGCACUCCAAUUAAUGCCCCUACCUCCCAUCAACGCUUUCAUAUGGAGCUGGUUCUCAAGAACAGCUGCAGGAAACUGUCAAGUGCUUUGAAAUGGAAGAAAUUCACUUGCCACAACAUACAGAAUUCCACAGGCAGGAUCCAGACUUCAGAAUAUCACAUUGAUCACAAUUAUACUCCAUUUUACUUUUCACGGGUCAAGAGUUAUUCAAUUAUUAACAGAUAAUAAUAAUGAUAAUAAUAACAACAUGUAUUUAUAUGAACUGUUAUUUAUUUGAUUUUAUUUUGGUUUAAAACCCGAGUGUAUUGCGACCACACCUCCAAGAAGAGACUCGUAA